AUGCCUUUAGAUGAAGGAGAGACCCUCUCGAGGGCGGUGCAGCAGCUUCGCCGGGCGUGCGGUGAUGCGGCUAGCGCAACCGCAGAGUUGGGUACCGCGCGUGACACCAUGGCACGCGAAAAGCUGCGCAGGUCACGUCUACUAGUCACGCAGUGUGAGGAGAAGGCGAGCGGAAUUAUUGCCUCGGGUGUAGAUGCGGAGUUGGUUGCCCUGCGCGGGCAUUACAACGCGGCGCGGGCAGACUUUGAUAGGGUCAACAAGGAGGCGAUUCGAAGGGAGAAACAGACGUGGCGCCCUACUUCGCAGGCAGAUUCGGUGGAGGGAGACAGGCGUGGCGCCGUGGGCGCCUCCCUCUUGGCCCAGAAUCCUGGGCGGGUGCAAGAGAUCAGGGCAGUCGACAUGUCGGGGCUCCAUACGGAGGAAGCCCUCCAGCGGGAGAAACUCCUCGGCGUGCGCGAGAUAGAGGCCAACAUGACGGACCUCCACACCAUGUACCACGAGUUUCAUGAUCUUGUGCACCAUCAGCAAACCAAUCUGGACAGUAUGACGGAAAAUGUGUCGGGCGCCAAGACGUCUGUGGAGGGCGGAAGGAAGGAGCUCGCAGUGUCCUCCAGACGGCAGAAGUGUGGCCGAAAGAUGCUGUGUGCCAUUGCUGCCGUGUUGCUCAUUGUCAUUAUUGUGGUGGUCGUUGUGGUGCUGCUUGUGAAGCGUUGA